AAGCCCUGAGACUUGAGUCGUGCAAUGUUGGGCAGAGACGGCGGUAAGAAGAAACCUCUGAAGCAACCGAAGAAACAGGCAAAGGACAUGGACGAGGAAGAUUUGGCCUUCAAUCAAAAACAGAAGGCAGAGCAGAAGAAACUUGAGGAGCUGAAGACCAAAGCUUCUGGGAAAGGCCCCCUUACUGGUGGUGGCAUCAAGAAGUCUGGCAAAAAGUAGUUACAUGCGGUAGAAGAAGCAGUCUGCUCCCAUUGGUUGCUUGUCUAUGCAAUGGAUCUGUAGAUUCAUGUAGUCAAGAAAAUUCACUGUCAUUUGAGCACCUUGUACAUUUUGCUCAGUCAAAAUAAAUUGUUUUGUUAAGGAAAAA